AUAAGUUGGAUAGAUUCAGUUGCUUCAGACAAGUUGAAUAUUUUACUGUCAGAUUCAACUGUACUACUUCAAGUUUUUAAAAUGCUUACUAUAGAUAAACAAGCCCAAGGUUCCUUAGUCGUUCGAUCAACUA